CCGAGGUGUGAGUACGUCUCCGCACCGUCCUGCCACUUUAGUCUGUGUUGACUUGCAAAUCAGUGGAUCAUGAGACUUGUUAUACAAAUGAUACAGAACUGAAUUCAGAACAAUGCAAGUUAUAUCAAAACUUUUCCAAUAUUCUUUUUGCCCGUGAACUUAAAAUCACUGAAAUUAAGACAAUAGAAGAAAGUUAUUUUUACAUAUAACAAAGGAGCCACAAGAGCGUUCAGUUCGCCUGGCCCGUUCCCAGAAGUUCACAGGCAGUGGGACGUUAUCUGGUGCAGGACUUGCCCAUACCCUCACAUGACCUGCCUCGUCUGACCCGCACAGUCAUUGGCAAGAUCAGUAUGGGUGGCUGGGCGGCGACAGUGGCCUGGUGUGUGGCGCUGUGGGCGGCUGUGCUGGGUCAGAGAGCUCCCUGCUACCAGUGUGAGCUGUACCGCGAUGCUCACCCUCACUCACGCCCUUAUAACUCCAUAAGGGCACGCUGCGUGUACCCCUGUGAGUGUGGUGCCGUCCCAGACUGUCCUGCGGGGGUGUCCUUGGUGCGAGAUGGGUGUGGCUGUUGUUGGCAGUGUGCUCGGCAGCUAGGAGAGAUAUGCAACGGUACACACACCUGUGAUACCACCAGGAACCUCACCUGCUUCUACGCCAACAGCAAGGACCUCAGCGGGGUUUGUCGAGGAGCGACAUCCACGGCGGCCACGACGGUGGGUUGCCGCGUAAACAACAGAACAUUUGAAAAUGGAGAGAACUUCAGUCCUGAUUGCCGAACACAGUGUUCUUGUCAGAAUGGCACCUACGCCUGCGUGUCCCUCUGCCCCAACGAGAGUCUGCAGCCGAGCUCCCAGUGCCACAACCCCCACCUGGUGUCGGUGCCGGGCCAGUGCUGCAGGGAGUGGAUGUGUGACGCUCCAGAUAGAGCGGAAGGCCCCCCAGUGUGUGAACGUGCCUCCGGGAGGUGGUCGCCAUGUUCUGUGACUUCAUGUGGCGUUGGACUUUCUGUCCGAUGGUCAACAGACAAUGCUCGGUGUCAGAUUGUCAAUCAAACUCGCUUAUGUCAAUUGCGUCCUUGCCAGGAUCUCAGACAACAACAGCUACCGAUGCUCCCCACCAAUCACCUGGCCACAAGGAAACACCACAUCAGGCGCAGCCAUCAGUGCAAAGCGACGCUGCGGCCGAGCAGGGCACUGAGGCUUAGAGUUGGAUGGUGUGUCAGCGAGCGACGCUACAGACCCAAACGGUGCGCUACCUGUACAGGCCGGUGCUGUACUGUACACACCUCCACCACCAUCUCCAUCACAUUCCUGUGUCCACUACACGCCAACACCGAUCUGCUUGCUCUCCCGCGAGCCUUCCCCGACCCACGCCCGCUACGGCCACGCCCACACGUUGCCCAGACGCCCCCAACUACUACUCUGAGCGUCUACGACAUGAUGGACGAGGGACAGCCCGUGGCUGAAGCAGUGCUCACCGACCCGAGGCUCCCGAGAGACUACAACGAAGUCUGGAAUAGUAAUGAGGACGACCUUGACAAUGAACCGUUGCUAGAACACGAGAACCUCACAACGGAAGACGACUAUUUGUACGACGAGAUCAAAAGCGACAAUUACGAGACAGUUCAGUACCAGGUGGAGUGGAUCAUGCGGUGUAAGUGUGGCACCACGUGUGAGACCGACCAACGGUCAUCUCCCCUUCCUCCGCCUACAUUCCACACAGUGCCGCCAACAUAACGUCUGCACUUACAAGAUAAAUUGGCGGAUGUGGCCCAAUGACCUGGCUAGCACCGCCGCCGCCGCCGCCGCUGUGUGUCCGUUGCAAGCUGUGCCUCUCAGGUCAGUUGCUUUGCUGAGUGUGUGCUGUGCGAAGCAGCAACGGUUGUGUGUGUGUGUGUGUGUGUGUGUGUGUGUGUGUGUGUGUGUGUGUGUGUGUGUGUGUGUGUGUGUGUGUGUGUGUGUAUCUGGGUCGGAGAGAACAUCGAGGUGUGUAGGUGCCUGAUUCGUGCAUGACAGGAUACAUGUUAAGGUAUUUAUUUCUAGAGCUAUAUCUUCGGAGAAGUGCAGCCUCGUACACAUAUACAUGUUCAUAUGAAAACGUACAUGCUGAGCGAUAGAAGUUAAAGAGGAGUCACCAAGUGCAAUUCUUUCCUCAGAUACAUUUAGCAGCUAAGGAUGUCAUAGAAGUAUUUAAUUUUUGCACUGUUCUGCUGGCAGUUGGUUGCUGAAAAUCAGCGUGCAACCGGCUGCCUGCAUAGAUGGUAGUGUGAAGAACUAUAUUUUGUAUGAAUAGCUCAAAGAUUCUGUGUGUUACAUGAGCGGAUUGCCUUCUGAGCUGAUUUUCCGCUAAGAGUGAAGGUGAAGCAAAUGUCAGACUUUCGUGCUGAUCCGGCGUGAGUGUUGCCUUGUGGUGGAGGCGAAGGGAGAGGCUACUGGCGAGAGAGAAAGAUUGAAGGAGAACAAAAGUCGAGAUAGCGAACGGAAGAACACUCAAGUAUAAGCGACAAUGCAUCGUGAGAGAUAUGUGUGCACAGCUUGGAGUGGUUGAAUCCUGGGAGGUGCAGUGCGAGUAAAGAUGAUCACACCGGCCACAUGCAAGACGUACAAGGAAGGACCGACAGCAGUGCUGGGUGUACGGAUUGAGCUCUGGUACUUGUUGUAACUAUACUGUUUUUUACAAUUGAAUUAACACUAAUAGUCACAUGUGCUAAUUGAGUGGCAUUAUCCUUGCCGGUGGCCUGUAGCAGAGCAGGGAACCCCGCGGGGCUAGAUUACCUGCUGCACCAAGAACAUUUUGAGAUUCAGUGUAUUAUUUCCUGUGGCAACUGAGUGAGCAGUUUUCUCUUGUGUCGGCUUUUCCUGUUAUCUGUAAAGUAAAAUAAAUAAAUAAAUAAAUAAAAAGGGGAGGAGUACCGUUCGUCAGGCACAUGCUUGUAAUUCAUGAUACAUUGGUAACAAAAAACUGAUGUUAAAAAAGGAGUUUGUUCGAAUUGACAAGUAUUGAUUUCUUACUCUUCAGAACCAGGAAGCUGAUCCAUCUGUGUAGGGUAACUGAACAAUGUAUUCUACUAUAAGCUGCCUUAUAUUCAAUGUGACAGUUUGUAGCAAAUUUAGUAAUAAGAAGCUAAGUAACGCUGUAAUGUGAA